UUUUUCUUUUUGUUUUUAUAAACCGUAUCAUUCUACGUGAGGCUCUUUGAAUCAUAAACGUGAUCUGACGGAUGUUUUCAAACGACUAACCUGGAUGACCUUUGUGCUUCUGAUGGACAGACUCGGACAGAAAUGGACGACAACGGUGUUGGUGAGAAAAAGGAGUCACAAACCAGCUCCACCGACCACCGUGAACGUUCUACGGCCCAGGAGAAGCAGCAUGUGAAGCCCACCGUGCUUCAGAAAGAUGUUGGUCUGGUGAGCGGCAUCUGUCUUAUUGUGGGGAGUAUGAUUGGCUCAGGCAUCUUCAUUUCUCCCAAGUCUGUCCUGUUGUACUCCGGUGGUGUUGGACCCUGUCUCCUCAUAUGGGCCUCCUGUGGUUUGGUAGCCACACUGGGAGCGCUGUGCUACGCUGAGCUCGGCACCAUGAUCACCAAAUCUGGAGGAGACUACUCCUAUAUCAUGGAGGCCUUUGGCCCAGUUGUAGCUUACCUCUACUCCUGGACCACUGUUAUUGUGCUGAAACCUUCUGCCUUAGCUAUAAUAACGCUGAGCUUAGCAGAAUACGCCAUAGCGCCCUUUUACCCCGGCUGCACUCCCCCUGUGGUUGUCACCAAGUGUCUGGCAGCAGUAGCGAUCAUCAUUGUCGUCUCUGUCAACAGUCUCAGUGUCAAACUGGCAAACUACGUGCAGAAUUUCUUCACGGCAGCCAAACUUUUAAUCAUCGUCAUCAUCAUCGUAGCUGGGAUCGUAUUGUUGGCUCAAGGUGAGCUGUUAGAUUCUGAUGAAAUAAUAAACAACAUUUUCUUCCUAAUUGUUUUAUUUCACUCUGCAGGAAACACUGAGAAUUUCACCAACGCGUUCAAAGGCCCACAGCCGUCGUUUGGAUCCGUUGGCCUGGCCUUUUAUUAUGGGUUUUGGGCUUACGAUGGAUGGAAUCAACUGAAUUUUAUCACAGAAGAACUUAAAGACCCGUUCAGAAACCUGCCUCUGGCCAUUAUCCUUGGGAUCCCAUUGGUUUCUGUUUGUUAUGUUAUGGUCAACGUUGCCUACUUCACUGUCAUGACGCCCUCUGAGGUGCUGUCCUCUUCAGCCGUGGCUGUGACAUUUGGAGACAAGGUCUUACAUCCCAUGUCCUGGAUCAUUCCCAUUUUUGUUGUUUUCUCCACAUUUGGUUCUGCUAACGGGAGCUGUUUCGCUGCUGGCAGAAUUUCCUAUGUAUCAGCCAGAGAAGGUCACAUGGUGAAGGUUCUCUCCUAUAUUAGUGUAAAGUACUUGACUCCAUCACCCGCAGUCAUAUUCAAUGGUCUUCUGGCUAUUUUCUACCUCAUGCCGGCUGACAUUAACAGCCUCAUUAACUACUUCAGUUUUGCCCAGUGGAUGUUUUAUGGUCUGACGUCACUGGGUCUCAUCGUGAUGAGGUUCACAAGGAAGGACCUCCACCGACCGGUGAAGGUGCCGAUCGUCCUACCCGUUCUUCUGUUGGUGGUGUCCUUCUACUUGGUCUUGGCUCCGAUCAUCGACAAACCAGCCAUUGAAUAUCUCUUCUCCGUCCUGUUCAUUUUGAGCGGACUUCUUCUCUACUAUCCUUUUGUUCACCGCAGGGUGCAGUGGGCGGACAGACUCAUGAGGCCCAUCACCGUUUUCCUGCAGAUGCUGCUAGAGGUCGCUCCUCCAGAGAAAUUUGAGUGAAAAGGACAGAAAGAAGCACUGUACUGACACCUGCUGUUUGUCGCGGAUCCUGCUUUCUGAGCCAAAGGAAAGGGAAGUAUAGAAACAUGAUUGGCACAAAGACAAAGACGUCAAAGAUGAAUCACCAGAAUUCAGCAGGUCCUCAAGAGGAUGUUGGGAAGUGUGUAUAUUUUUUUUAAAGUUGGGUGAUGAUUUUUUAUUUUUUUAAAGGUUUUCUUUCUCCUCUCAUUUUUAGUCUUUUCGAAGCACGGAGUGAAUAAGAGUUUUGAACAACUGGGGCAUUGAAGGCAUUGAACAAGUCAAGGUUUACCAGUCAAUGGAUAUUUAAUCGAAGGAAUUUUUUUUUAUUUAUGUAUACUUUUAUUUUUGUUCCCUGUGCCAGGACAGUAAAUCAAAUCAUCUUCUUUAUGAUCAUUUUGUCACUCACAACAUCUCAGAGCAUCGUUUACCACCAUCCAAGAGUUUAGUGGACGACCUCGUCAUAAUUGUUGUGUAAUUUCUAACCUGUAGUAGAAACCGUUGGUGUCGUUUUCCCACAGUCCAAUGUUUUUAGCGUACACUCUUGUACCGUACUUAGGAUGACAAAACAGCAGCUGUUGCUCUGGUCACCUACCAGUGACAAGGAACUAAAGAUGACCGCAAUGACACGUGCCCCGACGAGGAAAACAUGUUGUGGUCUGUGCUGCCGUGGGAUAAAGUGCUGACCUGGUAAAACCUAGUUUUCUAUGCUAAUUGUUGAAACUCAUUUCCUUCUUCAUACAAAAUGUGAUGAUGAUACUGUGAGAAUUCUGUUUUGCAAUUGUCGCUUUGUUUUGUACGUUUGGUAGAUUUCUAAAAAAAAAAUCUAUAAAAUAUAUUUAACUCUU